UCAUUUUCUGUUCAGUGUAAAAUGAUUUGAAGUAUUGACGUCAUAUCCCUUGCGUCAACGCGCCUGCUCUCUAUCACUUGGUUUGUGGCCCGCUUGUUCAAUCAAGGCAAAUUUUAUAAUUUACUCGGCUAGUGUAGUGUCUGAGUCAUUUUAAAUCUAUUCACGUAUACCGCUCAUGUGUAGAAAAUUGUUAUAAAUUGUUAAGUCAUAAUGUUAAUUAAAGAAUAUCGUGUAACUUUACCACUAACGGUUGAAGAGUACCAAGUUGCUCAAUUAUUCAGUGUAGCUGAAGUAUCAAAAAAUCAAACUGGCGGCGGUGAAGGUAUUGAAGUACUCAAAAAUGAACCAUUUGAGAAUUAUCCCUUGUUGGGCGGUAGAUAUAGUUCGGGACAGUAUACUUAUAAGAUAUAUCAUUUAACGUCAAAAGUACCAGCAUUUAUCCGUGUAAUUGCACCAAAAGGAUCUUUAGAAGUACAUGAAGAGGCAUGGAAUGCUUAUCCAUAUUGCAGGACAGUUAUUACUAAUCCAAAUUAUAUGAAAGAAAAAUUCCGAAUUGUAAUUGAAACAUUACAUAAAAAUGAUAAUGGACUUAGUGAUAAUGUUCAUGAAUUACCACCAGAUAGAUUAAAGAUACGAGAAGUAGUUCCAAUUGAUAUUGCAAAUGAUCCAAUUAAUGCAUCUGAUUACAAAGAAGAUGAAGAUCCUACAAAAUUUAAAUCUCAAAAAACUGGACGUGGACCGCUGGUUGGUCCUGAUUGGAAGGAUAAAGUAGAUCCAGUUAUGACUUGUUACAAAUUGGUUACAGUAGAAUUUAAGUGGUUUGGUUUUCAGAAUCGAGUUGAAAGUUUUAUUCAAAAAGCUGAAAGGAGAUUAUUUACAAUUUUCCAUAGACAAGUAUUUUGUUGGAUGGAUCGUUGGCAUGGUUUAACAAUGGCUGAUAUACGUGCACUGGAAGAUCAAACUAAAGAAGAAUUGGAAAAACUUAGAAAUGAAGGUGAAGUUCGAGGUAUGCGAGCUGAUACCGAUUGAAGAAAAUACUACCAUCGUUUAGAAAAACAUAAUAAACAUACUAUUACAAAACGUUCGUUGAUUGAAGUUCAUCUAAGCAAAAUUGAAAUAAUAAUUCGUAAAUAAUUCCAAAUAUAUAUAUAUAUAUUAAUUAAAAUAAA